AUGCCAUUACAUACAGUCGCACUAGGUGUCGCACUGACUCCCACUGUCCUUCACACUCUUAUCACUCACUACCUGCAUCGCAAAUCGCUACAUGACAAACCCACCGUUCAUGUUACCUAUGAUGAGGGUAUCCAUAUCGUUCGUCAAUUCCUAUUCUAUGCAUCCAAACACCCCGUCGAAGACCUCCAGGCGUUCACUCGCCAAUGGGUCCCAAGCCCACAUUGGGUGAGAACCGAGACCAUCACAAUCCCCGACAAGUUCCUGUCCUCAGCUGCAGACGCUGUCACAAAGCAGCUAGGCCCAAAGGGUGUCAUACGAGUGGGAGGAGAGAAAUGGUGGCAAUGGCGCGGGCCAUCUGAAGAGAUGAAGGGAGAGUGGAUUGAGAUGCGGAACCACUACAAUCAAACGGAAGGGGCCGGCGGGCAUUGUAACCGUGUGAUGCUAUAUAUCCAUGGUGGGGCCUAUUUCUUCGGAAGUGUCGACACACAUCGGUACAUGAUGCAGCGUCAUGCGCGCAAACUGAAGGGACGUGUAUUUGCACCGGAAUAUCGACUGUCGCCGCAGUUCCCUUUCCCAUGUGGCCUGCAUGACUGCAUGGCGGCUUACCUCUGGCUGCUCAUGUCCUAUCAACCAAAGGAAAUAAUUCUUGCCGGUGACUCUGCGGGUGGAGGCCUGGCUCUAUCGAUGCUGGUCAUUAUGAGAGACCAGGGUAUCCCCUUACCUGCGGGCGCCAUCUUGAUCUCGCCCUGGGUUGAUUUGACACACUCUUUCCCCAGUAUUGUUGAGGAUAACCCCGACGAUUAUAUACCUGCCUAUGGCUUCCGCCAUAAACCCUCGCCCGCUUGGCCUCCUCCCAAUGCCGAUGAUAUCCUGGAAAUGAAAAAAAUAUCACGCCAACCAGUAGUGACUGCCGAGGAUGUCAAAAAAGCUAUUCCCCAACCGAACAGCACUGCUGAAGAGACUGCCAUCCGUGGUUACACUGUCCAUGAAAACGCCCCACCCCCAGCCGAACAUGCCUACCCUGGCCAUCAGCAAGCCCCGAAUCCUGCUAGUUUGGAUGCCGAGCCCGAUAAUAUUCACGUUGUCUUGGAUGGGCAGACAGUUGAACUCAAGGACCAAAUCCAGUUAUACACGACGAACCAACUCAUGUCCCACCCUCUUGUUUCGCCAGUCCUCCAACCCUCUCUGGGUGGCCUGCCUCCUCUACAAAUAUUGAGCGGCGGCGGUGAGACGCUUCGUGACGAGCAGUUUUACAUCGCCCACAAAGCAGCCAAUCCGAAAGCAUACCCACCUAAUGACGUAUAUCUCGAUGAGAAUGAUCCCACCCGGGAGACCUUGAACAAGUACGAACCAACUUAUGUACAACUUCAGGUCUGGGACAACCUAUGCCAUGUCGCUCCCACCCUGAGCUUUACGCGACCAGCCAAGUACAUGUUCCGUUCCAUUUCGCAGUUUGGCUCUUGGGCAUUGGCGCGUGCACAAAAUGGCGAGGUAGAAGUCGUGGAUGAUAGUUCUCUUUGGGCCGUUUCGUCAAAUAGCUCAGAAGAUGAAGAUAUUCCGGGGCCUCAAACCGCAUUGAACGGUCCGCCUGACGCACCUGGGCCUUCCUCUGUCGGAAAGGCCGGGGAUCCUCUUCCAGCGUUCCAUCAAUACAUGAUACGCCAACGAAUCGAUAAACGAGGACAUGUCUUCCCGCUAGAUUCCCCAUCUUCCUACCCAGUGUUACAGAUCCCCGCUUCCCAAAUCGGGGCAAUCAACCCCUUGCUCAUCCAAAUGUGGUUGGACGCAAAGAAGGAAUGGGAUAUCAGAUUUGCGAAGGAGAAACUUCGGGUUCAGAGCCGACGCCUGAAAGAGCUGGCGCACGGCUUCCAAGAUUUUGAGGGUGAAUGCCCUCCCCCGAGCUCUUUGGCCGCCCGGCGAGCUGCUCCUGGCGUACUACCAAAACGACAUGCCAAGAAGAACUACGGCAUGAUGAUGUGGAGUGGCUGGGGAAGCAGACAUGACGAGCGCAGAAUGGAAAUAGAGAAGCGGGCCGAGGAAUCGGGCAAACGUUCCACCCGUGUUAGCACUGAUGCUGGGCAGGCUGGAGCAUGGUCUAGCACUCCGGCGACCAAUCCCCAAACCGAAAAAGCCUCAGACAAAGACCUUACCAACAACAGACCGCAGUCUGACGGCUACACGGCAGUCAGCCGGCAUAAAAAGGAACACCUCAGUAACGGUGAUUCUUCUACUAGACGCAUGUCCACAGAUCCUGAGACCGUAUCUCGACCCCUCUCGCAGAAAAGUGCUGGCCCAAUCCUUAUAUUGCCCGAGGUGAACAACAACAAAUUCACAGAUGAGAACGCUAGCACGAGGGCUCUCUUUCAUGCAGCAGGCUCUCUCCCGAUGAAAUCAGAUCUCUCCUUAGCUCACAGCAGGUACCGGCCAUCAUCCGCUGCAGGAUCAGCCGCUGGUCGAAGCGAGAUGCUGUCUGAUACUGGUAGUACCGUUGGCGGCGACAAGGACUCUGUUGCCUAUAUGAACAUGGCAUCCGAUACCGCUAGCACCCGAGCUGUGAUUGGUGCGCGGGGUAUUAUUGCCCCAAUUAUGGCUGGCGAGAAUGGUCGUCGCUCUACAGAUACUCUAUCUGUGUUCUCUGCGGCUGGUCGGGACUCCAUGUCGCACCGUCCUGAAAUGGUGGACAGAGAGGUUUUCAAAACCGCCGAGUAA